CCGUUUGAACGGUGAUCUGGUUGGUACAGUAUAAAAGAACACCACCUCUCUCGCCCCCUCCUGGGCCUUGGCACCUUUGCAGCUGCACGCGCGCAUGAUGCUGAGCCAGAAGAGUCUUUUUAGAGGCAGAGUAUUUGUUGCAGUUCCUGAGGAACCGAGGGAUGGGAAAUCCAUACUGUCUUGGGUUAUUGACCGUGUAUCUGACAGCGCAGAGAUCAUCAUCGUCCACAUAGUAACAUCGCCAGACUUUGAAAGCCGGCAGCAAAUUUUGGACUGCUACCUGGAUCAAUGCUCAAGGAAAAAGGUUAGAGCUGAGAAACGGGUGUUUCUAUUCACCGAUAUCGAUGAGGGCCUUAUUCAUCUGAUAAAUUUAUAUGGGGUCACUGAACUUGUUAUUGGUGCAGCUGCAGACAGACAUUACAGGAGGAAAAUGAAAGCACCACAGUCUAAGACAGCACUGAGCGUGAUGCAGAAAGCUCACUCACACUGCAAUAUGUGGUUUAUUUGCAAAGGAAAGCUAAUGUUUUUCAGGGAGGCAAAUUACUGCCUGUUAACCAAGUCAAGAUCAGCACGGCCAACUUGUGGUGUUGGCAAUCGCAAAAUGGAUCUUCGGAGUUUGCUUCAACCUAAUUUAGAGGCUAAAAGACUGGAAUAUAUGUAUACUAAGGAUAUUGAAAUAAGGAAAGAAAUAGAGGCAGAAAUCUCGCAACAGAGAGAAGAGACAGAAACUCUGAAGAAAGCAACUCUGAUGCUCCAGAAUGAGCUCGAUUGGUACAGAUACCAAUGGAAUAAGAACGCCAAUGCAUUGCAACAGGCAAGCAAGCAGAAGCGCCUUUUGGAGCAUCGCAUAUCAGAGUUAGACUCUGUUGCCAGCCACUUAGGAGAGAGCAUGAGAGCGUCCGAUUCCCUCGUGCUCUCGCUGAAGUUGGAGUACAGUAAAGUGAAGCGGGAACGGGACGAUGCGGUCAAAGAGGCCAGGGACAUGCGCAUGGAGAAAGAGCUCACAGAACCUCGUGCCUAUGGAGCAAUGAGCUCUGAGUUCUCCUUGGCGGAGUUGGAGCAGGCUACCCAGGCAUUCAGCAGCUCGCUUAACAUUGGUGAAGGCGGAUUUGGAUCUGUCUACAAGGGUCUCCUCCGGAGCACCACGGUAGCUAUCAAGAUCCUCAACACUGAAAGCUUGCGUGCCCAAUCACAGUUCAAGCAAGAGGUGGCAAUACUCAGUAGAGUGAGGCAUCCAAACCUAGUCACCCUCAUCGGAGCAAGCCCUGAAGCUUCAGCCCUCGUUUACGAGUUCUUACCCAACGGGAGCCUGGAAGACCGUCUGAACUGUGUCAACAGCACCCUGCCACUCAGCUGGCAGGUGCGCAUCCAAAUCAUAGCGGAGGUUUGCUCCGCGCUGAUCUUCCUCCACAAGCACAAGCCUCACCCGGUUGUACACGGAGACCUCAAGCCGGGCAACAUCCUCCUGGAUGCGAACUUGGUGAGCAAGCUCAGCGACUUCGGAAUCUCCCGCCUCUUGCUGGAGUCCAGUGCCACCGGCAGCGAGGCACACUUCACCACUCAGCCGAUGGGCACGCCGGCAUACAUGGACCCGGAGUUCUUCGGCACGGGGGAGCUGACACCGCAGUCUGACACGUACUCCUUUGGCAUUACGAUCCUGCGCCUCCUGACCGGAAGGGCGCCUCUACGCCUCGCGAGGGUGGUGCAACAGGCGGUGAGUGACAACGACCUUCGCUCGGUGUUGGAUCACUCGGCAGGUGAGUGGCCGCUGGCACAGGCAGAGCAGCUUGCGCGGAUUGGGCUGCGCUUAUAGAUGUCCAAACGGUGCGGGCUGCCCGUUUGGCCCGCAGCCCGGCACGGUUUUGGCCCGGCCCACGCACGGCACGGCCCGAUCCGCGUGCCGGGCUUGGGCGCCAUAUGCAGCCCGCGUGCUCCGGCCCGGCCCGGCACGGAAAGCAGGCCGGCCCGUUAGCAGCCCGCGCCCCAUCCUAGGAUACCUAACCCGCGCCCCCACUCGCCCAGGCCGCCGCCCUCAUUUCGACCGCCCCGUCUCCCAAGUCCCACUCCUCCCCGCCCCGGUUGUGCUUGGCGAUUUUCGUGCUCCCGCUCCCGGCGGCUCAGCCCGUGCCUCGCCGUCGCCUUGCUGCCUCCUCCGGUCCUCCCACCGUCGACGGCCGAUGGCUCGCCACCUCCGACGUCUCUGGUGCUCCCUGACUCCCUCUCCUCCCUCCCUACGUCUCCCUGUUCCUAACCCUAACCCUAAUCCCAUUCGGAUCUGGUGAUUGGUGAUACCCUAACCCCCAAUCCCAUUUGGAUCUGGUGAUUGUUGAUGCUCGUUCAUCGUUGGUGCUCCUCGCUGGUCGGCUGGUGCUCCUCGCCUCAUCGGAUCGAGUUGUAGCUUCACAGCUAGACGACUGGUGCUCCGUGCGGUGCCGGUGCGGGUGCGUGAUUCCCUUCCUGAUUCUUCUCUGUCUCCGGUCCGGUGGUCCGCUGCUCUGCGCCUUGUAUGGUCACUGGCUCACUCCUCACUGCCUCACUGGUGCAGUAGUGCCCCUGCUGGCUGCUUGGACAUCUAUAAUUUUAUUCUGUUUUCAUUUUCCUCCCAUUCUCGUCCUCCUUCUAACCUGUCCGGUUGCCUGACUUUCUCUGGUGCUCGGCUGGUCCUUGCUUGCUGUUGCUGGUCGAUCUGCGCCUCUGGUGCUCCGGCUUCGAAAGCCGUUGAGGUAGCCGGAGCCGACUGUACGUUGUAGCUUAUGGACCUUGACGCGGCAGCGGAAGCAGAGGAGGAGGAGCGCAGACUCGAGGACUUUAAUGAGGCUGAGGAUGCUAGGUUCUUCAUUGGUCUCGUGGUCGGCCCGGUACGUUCAGGCCCACCGGGCGAACGGGCCGGCCCGGCACGAUUUAUACAUGUCCGUGCCGGGUUUGGACAUGCCCCUAGGCACGUGGGCCAGCCCGACCCGGCCCGAAGCUUCAACGGGCCGUGCCUGGCCCGGCACUAUUCGGUCCGGGCCGAAACGGGUUCGGACCGGGUCCGUGCCGGGUGGCCCGUUUGGACAUCUAUAGCUGCGCUGCUCGGAGCUCAGCAGGGAGAAACGCCCUGAUCUUGAGCUCGACGUGUGGAGGGUGGUUCAGCCUAUGAAAAAGGAAGCUCCUUCGCCGUUGUCGCAAUCUUUUCGGUCCAUCUCCGAUGGAAGCGGUAGAGCUGCUGCCACGCCAUCCUACUUCCUCUGUCCGAUCUCUCAGGUUGUCAUGAGAGAUCCUCACAUGGCAGCAGAUGGCUUCACCUACGAAGCUGACGCUCUUAGAUACUGGCUCGACAGCGGGCAUGCAACAUCUCCAGUAACAAACAGAAGUCUUUCGAAUCGUGAUACCAUCCCCAAUCACGCACUGCGUUCGGCCAUCCAAGAAUACCUCCGGCAGAACGAGCUGCAAGAGCCAUUUUCACAGUGGCAGGAGGAUUUUGGAGUUGUCAAUUGAUAAUCCUAGAGUCAAGGUUAUAUUCAACAGCUUACUUAUCUUCAUAAUCAUAUUUAGGACGUGUUUGUUUUCUUCUAGAUUAUAUAAGUUGGAUUAUGAUGGAAUGUUAGGAGGAUAUAAUAUUAUUUUGUGACUACAAAUAAGUUAAAAUAAACUAGCAUUGAGUAGUUUAUUUCAGUUUAUUUGUGAUUCCAAAGUGAUUUUUUACUCUUCUAUCUUUCCAUUAUAAUCCAACUUAUAUAAUUUAGAAGAGAAAUAAACAGGACGUUAAACUCCACCCGUACGGUCAUAUGUGUAUGCUGUUUGGGGUGGUCUCUAAGGCAUGCAAAAAAUUAUGUUUUUUUUCAUGAUGUGCGCAUGAUCUAUUUUGGAUCCA